AUGCUAAUCAUACUCUCGGUGGUACAGAUUCCGUGGUGGCAAGCUGAAGAAGCCUGCUUUUGCUCACUUUGCAGCUGGAGCAUACGUGGUUUCAAGAUCCAGUCCAAGCAAACAAUUGCUCAACACAAGAAGAGAGAUACUCAGCAACAAGCCCAAGCCGCGGAAUCACAACCUCUGGUGUCUCGCAUAGGACUGCAUACAGUUACCACUCAAGCCGAUGUCGCGCUUUCGGAGGAUCAGACUGGGGCACUUGAUUCUACCACUGGCGAGAUACAGGAGUCUACACACCUUCUAGAUGAUUCUGGUGUCACUUUUCCUAGUGCUGGAGACUUAGACAGUCCUGACUCUCCUGAAGGUUCUCACUGCGCAGAUCAGUCAUCUCCGGCGCAAUCUGUGUUUGACGACGAUGUCAUACCUAACGAUAUACCUGAUGAGCUUGGAGCUGCAGCCAAUGAUGGCAAUCCCUCUCGGGAAGAUGCAACGGUCAAUGGAGCAGAAUCUGAUGUGCAUGCCGCUGGAGGACAAGAUGAAGAUGCAAAUGCCGCUGGAGGACAGGACGAAGAUGCGCAAGAACAUGCUCGCCUUCUGGAGGAUGAUAGUGGACUUGCACCUGCAUUCCGUGAACAACCCCCAGUGCGACUUGCAUAUCUUGAUGCAGUUCUAGGCAAUGUCUUUGGUUCUUCUACGGUGGCAGCUUCGGAGCAAAGUCUAAAUACUUACCUGGAUGUCAUAAAACUAUGUGGCUGCCUGCCGACUUAUCCAAAACCUGCACGAAGCCUCGUUACUGCUAAAUGGCGACUGGGGCUCGAUGUGGAGUCUUACUUCGAGAGGAUUGCUAUAUGCACAGUAUGUUACAAGCCCUACACCUCUGACGAGAUCGCUACAUUGGCUGCCCCCAACUGUACUACUCGCCGCUGCAAAGGAAUUGCCUACAGGCCAUAUGCGUCUCUUAUUAAAGCGCUCUGCCGUUUCGCUCUGCGUCCCAAUUUCGUGAAGAAUCUUAUCGACCCCACUACUCUGCGCCAUCGUCCUAUUCCUACUUAUGAGCUCAUGAGUGAUAUCCAUGACGCUGAGCACUACGGUACUCUAGAAGUGGGCACGAAGCGCGUGGUAAACCAAAAUGGCGAAGUGUCGGAUGUUGAGGUUUCUGAAGGUACCAGGAGAAGGUUGUUGGAAUGCGAUGUGGGGCUGAGCUUCACUAUCAAUGUUGAUUGGUUUGGCAUUACCGACAACCGGCCUCAUUCUGCCGGUGGAGUGUAUCUCACGAUUAACAACUUGCACCGCUCAGUGUGCUUUCUCCAACAGAAUGUUCACCUCGCUACUGUCAUUCCUGGCCCGAAGGAACCAAGCUUAGAGCAACUAAACUAUUCACUGGAUCCCUUGGUUAAGGAGAUGCAUCUGCUGAAUACCGGUGUCAUCAUGCUAAUGUAUAGCCGACAAAUUCCGCCCCGCAUUCAAGGCGGCCUGGAGUUGCAUGUUAGCGACAUUCAAGCAGCACGCAAAGUCACCGGUUCGGCAGGGCAUUCUCAUAAAUCACACCCUUGCAACAUCUGCCUUAUAUCGCAUGAUGACAUCAAUACUGCAGCAGGGUAUAGCAUCGCCCAUUUUGUUCUGCGGGAUGAUUGGCAACAACUCGCAUUAGGAUUCAAGUCAAAGAACGCUAAAACAAAGAAAAAGCAAAAGGAAAUACUCGACCAGAGUGGAGUGCGACACUCUGUUUUGAACGAAUGUGCGGGAUUUAUGCCAGUUGCAACUACGGCACUCGACUAUAUGCAUAAUUUCUAUGGUAUCGUCAAAGAGAUGCACAACAAAGUUUUGGAUGAGGGGUACCUUCUAGAUGCUGCGGGCUGGAGGCUGAUGGAGGAGAGUCAGAACUCGAUCAUCUGGCCAUCGGGUAUUGGUCGGCUUCCUAAAAAUCUUGGCGACAACCAUGGUUUGCAGAAGGCAGAUCAGUGGUGUCAUUGGGUCAACGUGCAGACCACAGUAAUGUGGAUCUGUUGGCGUGACAAGAAUGAUAAAAUUCCACACAGAGAACCACCCAUUCCUUUGAAUGCAAAGCAUGAACCGACAUUCCAAUGA